GCAACACCUGAGCUUGAGUAUGGAAGAAUGAACAUAGGAAGCAGACCAUCAAAGCGAAAACCGAGUGGAGGAAUUGAAUCUCUACGUGCAAUCCCAUGGAUCUUUGCGUGGACUCAGACGAGGUUUCAUUUGCCAGUUUGGCUAGGCUUUGGAUCUGCAUUCAAACGUGUGAUCCAGAAAGACGCUAAGAAUCUCAACAUGCUCAAAGAGAUGUACAACCAGUGGCCUUUCUUCCGUGUCACAAUCGAUCUAGUCGAAAUGGUUUUCGCCAAAGGAGACCCUGGAAUCGCUGCUCUUUACGACCGUCUCCUUGUCUCUGAGGAGCUUCAACCCUUUGGUGAACAGCUUCGAGUUAACUAUCAAGAGACCAGACGCCUCCUCCUCCAGGUGGCGGGUCACAAGGACAUUCUUGAAGGUGAUCCAUACUUGAGGCAAAGGCUGCAGCUACGUGACCCAUACAUCACGACAUUGAACGUGUGCCAAGCCUACACGCUGAAGCAGAUACGUGACCCGAGCUUCCACGUGAAAGUACGACCACACUUGUCUAAAGACUACAUGGAGUCUAGUAAACCAGCGGCUGAGCUAGUUAAGCUGAAUCCAAAGAGCGAGUAUGCACCUGGACUUGAAGACACUGUUAUCCUCACCAUGAAGG